AUGAGUGAUGAUGGCGUUUCACUGGCAUGGAACGCUGUAGUUCAUGCUGGAGAAGUGCUGGAAAGGCUUAAGGAUGCGAUGUUCAUUGUCGAAGAGCUGCGGCAGUCACAUGCUGACAUUUGGGAUGCGCAUACAGAUGCAAGUCCAGGUCGGUUGCUCCUUGCCCUGGACGAUGCGCGUGAUCGACUUGUACAUGCGCGCGAUAGGGCAGAGGACGCUGCCAACAUGCCCGUCGCUUCGCAAGAAUCAUCGCAACUUUCUCGUACUCGUGCAUCUCUGCAUUCCGAAUUUGUUCGUGUGCAUGCCGAUGCUCUAGAUCUCGAGCUGAGACUCGAAAGUGAUCGCGCCUUGCUUGUUUUGUAUGAUGCAUGUUUGCAAUUUGAACGGCAUAUGAAUCAUCUGGAAGCAGCUGUGGGUCGCAACAGUGAUACGCCAGAUGCGAAAAGCACACUCCAAGCAAAAAAGCAGCACAUUAUUCCUGCAUGUGAACGUUUACUCGUGACGAUCCGAAGUAGUCGUUCUAUAAGCAGUCAACUGCCUGUGCAAGCACGCCUAGACUGCAUCGAAUCACGAUGGGCUUCACUCCGGCAGCAGUGUGAUAACGUGGAUGUGAAUGAGACUGCUGAACGUAUGAAUGCGAAUCUGAGUGUGAGUCCGCCAAGUGGCAAGAGACGCGCUAUUGAGCAGGAGGAUACGCGGAAACGACGCUGGUCACUAGGGACACCUAGUCGCCUUCCACGCACCCCGGUCAACAAAAUAGGCUCACGUAUACCAGGGUCUAUACAACGGAUCCGUUGCAAUGAACAGGGUCUAUGCCGAUUCGCCCCCCAUGUCUGCAGAGGGGCCGCGAUGGACCGGCGUGUUGGCUAG